AUGCAUUGGAACAAGACAAUUCCUCUUCGUUUUCAGCAGGUCAUUACUCUUUCCAGAGGUCAGCCAUGUUACUCUGCUGAGGCAGAAAGCCCAAAUCCCAAGCCUAAAUUCUCUGCCAGCCUCGAUUUCGUCACCACUGUGUCACAAUUCAUGUUAGAUCUUCUUUUGAAAAAGAAACACUUCACCCCUUUUCUUUUUUCUUUCUUUCUUUCUUUCUUUCUUUUAUCUCUGAUAUUUACUGAGUCAUUCCUCAUAACUCUUCAUUUAGAUAUUUGUAUAAUUUCCUUUUCUUUAUGUGCUGCUUUAAUAUCUCAGUUUUAUUCUUUACACAUUUCCUCUUUCUGUCGUUCUCUUUCUUUCUUUUUCUCUUUCUGUUUCUCUUUCUUUUUCUCUUUCUUUCUUUUUCUCUUUCUUUCUUUUCUCUUUCUUUUUCUUCUUUCUUUUUAUUCUUUCUUUCUUUUUCUCUUUCUUUUUCUCUUUCUUUCUUUUUCUCUUUCUUUUUCUCGUUCUUUCUUUUUCUUCUUUCUUUCUUUUUUCUUCCUUUCUUUUUCUCUUUCUUUCUUUUUCUUCUUUAUUUUUCUCUCUCUUUUUUUCUUUUUAUUGUAA